AGGGAGCUGAAGAUUUCUCAAACGGACAUCGACAAUCAAAUCGUCAAACACCUGAGGAGGAAUGUGAAAGGCCUGUUGAGGUGGGUGCAAACCAGACGUUUCUUCCAGUGUAGGUGGUAUUCUGCAAUAAGUCAUCUCACACUCAUUAAUAAUUCUUGAGUAAACCAUAUUGCUUUAUUUAUACCUGGUGAAGUAUACACCCCUGGAAAUGAUAUAUUUUAACUUAACUUUGCUUUCUUUUAGCUUGGCGAGCUGAACGUCUUAGACACAACUGGGGUAUGUAUACUGGCCAGAACAAUAUCGUGUUGUAUAUAAACAUCAUUGUCAACAAUAUUGUUCAUAUAUUCUUGUAUAAUUCUAACAACGUUGUUCCAAACCAUCUCUUCUGAAACAAUUUUGGACCAUGUUCGACAUGGUUGUUCUUCAAUUAUGAAAUGCUGUUUUCUCUUAUCCAACAAACUUUAACAUCUGUUAUUCAUGCAUCAACUCCAAGGAUAUAAGCGCCCUGCAUGAUCAACUCUUACGCGUCCCAGAUAUCACUUUAUAUACAUGAACUUAUAUUUGUUCUAAAAUAUUGUAUAGAAACCAGAUGCCGUGUCACGUGAAGACCAUAUCAAAGAUCAUUACAAGAAGCGCUUGGCAGAACUGACUACACAGGUCUGUUAUCAGUACAUUCUCGUACCCAGAGUCCUUCUUACGCGCGGUGCGACGAGGGGCUCUGGCCAAAUCCAUAACCGGAUACCAUAAAAACAUGGUAAGAAAACAAUAUCCGGUGUUAGAACUAGCCAAUCAGAUGCCAGUUCGGAUAUGGAUUUGGCCAGAGCCCCUCGUCGCACCGCGCGUAAGAAGGGCUCUCGGUACGAGAAUGUUAUCAGUAGUAAAGGAAUACCAAAUGCUUUUCCGUGCAGCGGUGUAGGAUAGCGUCAUCCAUGCACGGGGGAUGUUGCGAGACUAUCGUCACAUCCGAAAUCGAGCAACAUCCCAAGUGCAUGGUUGGUUCCAGUGAGUACAUUCAUUAAUAUGCACAUAUAUUACGAAACAAAUUUUUGUUGUUAUAGCUCCAAGUGGCCGAUAGCAAGUCAGUUCUUCUUCAUUCGGAAGUAUGUAUAAUUUGUCGAAACCUUUGAAAACUGCUUAAAUGAAUGAACAAAACUUUGUGUUAACUGUAUGCUUAUCUUUAUACAUAGUGCCAAAACUUAUUCAAGAGGUUACAAUUGAGUGUAAACUCGCAGAAUAAAAGCAAGGAGGAUGUGACGACUGCAAUGUCUAGAAUAACCGAAUUAGAGGUACGCCGCAUUACUGCAAGUGGUCUAUUAAUGGUUUUCAGUGGUUUACUCUCCCCAACUUACAAACGUAAAAAAUCUCACAAUUCGUCAACAAGAUGUGUUCGCAACAGGCUUGUAGCAAGCUAGCUUCUUCACAACUUUUAACAAUGCUGUUAUUUUAUCAAGUUGCGACAAGGUUGUCACUCACAACUUGUUGACGAAUUGUUGAAUUGCAGGACGAUAACAACUUGUUGAGCCAUGUCUAUUCUUCGACCUAUACCAAUUCUGAUAUUCUGUAUAAUCUUUUUAAGGACGAAGUGUUGACGACGAAGAACAGUUAUCAAAUCCAACUGGACAUGAUGAGCGACCAUCUUUGUGGAAUGUCCGAAAAACUUACGUCACAAAAAGACGAAAUUGAUGCGUUGAAGACAGGCAAAAGUAAGAAAGGAAAGAACUGGUUUCAAUCAUUAAAGGAUAAGGGAAGUUCCGAGGAUAAUAUGGAAUAAAUAGCAGGGAUUAAGUAAGAUAUCCCAUGGAUUACCAUGGACUAUGUAUACUAGUAAUAUAAUGCAAUACGAAUUAAUACACGUUUUGUAUUUUAGGUAGAGAAAUUGAUUUAAAAUAAAUUUUUAGGAAGCUUGAGACUAAACUAAUUAUAAUUAUAUUAUAAUAUAUGCAGCCGC